ACAAUGUUAUAUCGUUGUGAAGCCUGUUGGCCACUCGUUUGCAAUCGGCUAAAGGAGAACCUAUUCGGCUGCAACUGCUACCACUCAUUCACCAGGUUAUCAAGAGCCGUCCACGUGUACAACGACGCCAGAAUGGUGGGUCCCCUGACUCUGGUGCGUUGCAUCGACGUGUCGUACGGCAGGAGGUCGAAGCUUGCAUUGGCCCUCUGGUGGCGAACCCACAGAAAAAAAUUUAGCCUUCCAUCGCCGCCCCUAUAUAAAUCUCUCCUGCCACUGAUUCUAAGAAUGGAGGCGUACCCAUACUCUUUUGUCUCUGACACUUUGGUUCCAUAAACUCCCAUCAAUAAUUCUCACCCAAUGCUUUGACUUCAUAGUUCCACCUUCUUCUUCAAUCCCAUCUCCCAAAA